AUGUCACCGCUGGAGGCUCUUACGUGCCACGAUGUCGAUAACGCCGCAGUCUGUUCCCCAAGCGACAAGUACACCAAGCAGCAGACCCUUCAGCUGAAGUACGUUGACCAGUGGAUCGAGUGGGUCGAAGUCCAGGAGGACCUUCUUCAAUUCCUCGAUACGCAAGAAAGAGCCUUAGGAGGUACCUACCACAAAAUCGGGUUUCCAGAGGAUGACUUUCGGCAACGUCUCCUACGUGGAGCAAAUCGCAUCGUACCUUGGGACGACGCCGACGACGCCGAGCACGGCACCGACGGUCAAGAUGACGACCAUACAGAUGAUGAAGAUCAAGACCGCAGCAAUACUGGGGACGAGUACCACACAGGCGACGAAGAUCAAGACUGUACCGAUGAUGAGGGUUACGACCUUGCCAAUGGUGGCAACGGUGAUGAUCGCGAUGCCGGCCACGAUCGUGAUGCUGGUGGAGGAGCUGCCCAUACCUUGCCCACGCCCAACGUAACUCUCAGUCCUAGUCGUCGGGCGAAGACCACCGCUACCGCCUGA